AUGGCUAGCCGGGUGAAAGUCCCUCCGGCGGGUUUUUUGUCCGGAGGGAAAAGGCUGGCGGCGGUGGCUGCGACCGAGGUGUUCUUCCUGCUUUCCGCCCUCUCUCCGUCCCUGCCUUCGAUUAACCGCUUCUUUGUGUGGCUGGGCGCGUAGCGGUCCGGCCUGCCCCCUGGCGCUCUCUCUCCGCUUCACUCUGUCCCCAUUGCCAGAAUCAGCUGAUUCUCCUGUCUCGGCAUCGACCAUUUUGACGCCGUGUCACGAAGUCUUUGGCCUUUUUCCGUAG